UUUUUUCUAAAAAAAAAAAGGUUCAGUAUAUGGUUCUUCAAAAUCAAUAACAUGCCAAAGAAAUGGAAGGCGAAGUCGAACACAAAGGCUUCACCCAAAAAUGGUGGGGAAGAAGACCUAGAAGAAGAUCUUGAGAACAUGACCCUUGAUGAUGAUGAUGAUGCAGCUCUGGACUCUGCCACCACUGGCAAGACAGAAGAUGCCAUAAACAAUGGAGAAUCUUUGGAUGCAGGUGGUGAUGCUCUUCAGAAGUCAAAAUUAAGUCAUAAGGAGAAGAAGAAGAUGAAGAAGCAAAUGGAGUUUGAACGGCAAAUGGAAGCUCUGACGAAGAAGGGUGGCACAGGGCAGACAGAGCUGGGAGAGAACUUUACUGUCUCCCAAGCAGACAGGACAUCAGGGCGAAAAAUAAUAGAUUCUCAAAUGGAUAAUGCUGUGGACAUCAAGGUAGACAACUUCAGCAUUUCAGCACGUGGACAAGACUUAUUUGUGAACGCCUCACUUCUCAUUGCCCAAGGGAAAAGAUACGGCUUAGUAGGUCCAAAUGGGCAUGGGAAGACCACACUUCUGCGUCACAUUGCCUCAAAAGCAUUGAACAUCCCUGCAACCAUAGAUGUCCUGUACUGUGAGCAAGAAGUGGUUGCUGAUGACACACCUGCAGUUGAAGUUGUGUUGAAGGCUGAUGAGAAGAGAACUCAGCUUCUUGAAGAAGCAAAGCAGCUUGAAAUAGAGCAAGAAAAAGGGAAUACCAAGGUUGCGGAGAAGCUAAAACAUGUGUAUGAUGAGCUGAAGGCAAUAGGGGCAGAUUCAGCAGAGCCAAGGGCUAGACGAAUCUUGGCUGGUCUGGGUUUCACCAAAAGCAUGCAGAAUAGGCCCACAAAGAACUUCUCUGGAGGUUGGCGGAUGCGUGUCUCUCUUGCCCGGGCACUCUUCAUUGAACCCACUCUCCUGCUGCUUGAUGAACCAACAAAUCAUCUGGAUUUGAAUGCUGUCAUCUGGCUGGAUAAUUAUCUGCAGGGCUGGAGAAAGACUCUCCUGAUUGUGUCUCACGACCAAAGCUUUUUGGAUAACGUGUGCACUGAUAUCAUCCAUUUGGAUCAACAGAAGCUCUUCUAUUACAAGGGAAACUACUCUGCCUUCAAGAAAAUGUAUGUUGCCAAAAGGAAGGAGAUGAUCAAAGAGUAUGAGAAGCAGGAGAAGCGUCUCAAGGAAUUGAAGAAGGGAGGCCAGUCUACAAAGCAGGCGGAGAAGAAGCAGAAAGAUGCUCUCACACGAAAACAAGAGAAGAACCGGGGAAGGCUGCAGAAAGACUCUGAUGACACCCAAGGACUAACAGAGCUUCUGCAAAAACCCAGAGAAUACAUUGUGAAAUUCCGCUUCCCCGAUCCUCCUCCCUUGCAGCCACCUAUUCUAGGGGCACACAAUGUUAUAUUUGCAUACCCAGAUCAGAAACCUCUCUUCAAAAACUUGGAUUUUGGCAUUGGCAUGGAGAGUAGAGUAGCCAUAGUAGGCCCAAAUGGAGUUGGGAAGUCAACAUUUAUCAAGCUGCUGGUUGGUGACCUCACCCCACAGCAAGGGGAAAUUCGCAAGAACCAUCGUCUUAGAAUAGGACGCUUUGAUCAGCACUCUGGUGAACAUCUGACAGCUGAGGAGUCUCCUGUAGAGUAUCUGAUACGCUUGUUUGACCUUCAAUAUGAGAAAGGAAGGAAGCAGUUGGGCAGUUUUGGUCUCCCUUCAUAUGCACAUACUAUCAAAAACAAGGAUCUGAGUGGAGGUCAGAAAGCCAGGGUGGCACUGGCUGAACUUACACUCAAUGCACCAGAUGUUCUCAUCUUGGAUGAGCCUACAAACAAUCUCGACAUAGAGUCCAUCGAUGCCUUGUCCGAGGCAAUCAAUGCAUACCAUGGAGGAGUCAUCAUUGUGAGUCACGACGAAAGACUCAUUCGAGACACGGAAUGUCAGCUCUGGAUCAUCGAAGAUCAAAACAUCAGUGAAAUAGAUGGAGACUUCGAUGACUAUCGUCGUGAAGUCCUGGAAGCCCUUGGCGAAGAAAUUAAAAAUCCCAGUGUCAUGGCGAGUAAGGCAGUUGAGCAAUGAGAGUUCUCAAUAUGGAAAUGAAUUGCUUGCACUCGUCCCAGUUUCCUAAUUCAUGUUUUCCACUCUAUUGAGAAAGGAAGAAGUAGGGAGAGUGCUCACAAUUGGUAUUUUCAUGCUGCUGGUUUCAUUAGAAAUGCAAUUUUCCGUAAAUAAAAAUAUUUUUCAGUAAGACUUACA